GACGGCCGACAGUGAAACUGACAAUUUAGAAGCUCAGAAGAAAAUCUGCAAGUAUUGCAAAAAAAAUGUUAUGAAAGGUGUAAACUGUGCAACCUGUGAUGCAGCAUACCACAACAGUUGUGCCCAGAGGAAAACAUGCUGUGAUCCAUUGGUGAUAAUCAAAGAAAAAAACCAGAUGGAUAGUGUUCAAUGUGCAACAGAAGAAUCGUACCUUAAAGAAAUAAUUCAACUGCUUUCUCGAACAAUCAAGGAUAAAGAUACUAUAAUUGCCGAAAAAGAAAUAGUGAUUGCACUACUGAAAGAUAAAAUAUCGCAUAUGGAAGAUAUUUUGUCAAAAUCCAACGUAAAUCACAAUCAAACAACUAGGACAAAACAUUCGAAUGAGAGAUCGGCAAAAAAAGAUAAGGAAUGUGAAAAUGAAACAAGCAAAAACAAUGCAACAAAAAGUUCCAAAGCUAUGGAUGACAAAAAAGCAGGGUCCCAUUAUCAAAAACUGCAAAGUAAACAAACCGCUCUAAUGAGUCAGCUGAUCUAUAUAAACAAAAAUGAUACGGAGACACCCACAGGGGGAACAAAUGUCUUACAAACCAACAAUGAACAUGAAUCUAAAACUGUAAGGCACAUGAAAAAACGCAGAUUGCAAAUAGGACAAGCACAAAUAAGCGAAGAGGAUGAAAAUAAUGGUUUUGCUGGUAGAGAACUCCAGGAGAAAAAAAUAUGGCUAUUUAUUUCCAGAGUAAAGGAUCAUGUCACCGAGGAAAUGAUAGUCAGUUACCUCAAAAACAAAACAAAUGGUGAUAGCCAAAUCUACAUAAAAGAAAUAAAGGCCCAUAGGAAAGCCAAAGAUAAUAGAUGCUUCAAAAUUGGAUUAAAUUUCAAUAUGAAAGAAGAUGCAUACAAUAACAACUUCUGGCCAAGAGGAGUUGCAGUGUGUAGAUUUGAUUUUAGGAAAGAGGAAAAAUACCUUGACCGACUCAGGAACGAAGAGCAAGAAACAUCAAAUUUUCAAUUGCAACAUCAACUACAGAACUCCAAUUGAACCAACCUUCCACAUCUAUAAAAAAGAAGAAUAUUGGUGAUCCGCCAGGAAAAUAAACAUGGGCCAAAGAAACUGAAGUGUGUAGUAUAUCAAUUAACGGUUAUAAUUUUAUGAGUCAGUACAGUAGAAAUGUCCUGAGAGGUGGAGGCUGUGCCAUCUGGGCCAGAUCAGACCUGGAUGCUGAACCGGUAG